GAAAAUAGCAACGAAUUCCCGGGGGAGAGACGGGAUUUGUGGACUUUUGAGGAUAAAAAUGGGGUUUUUUGGGGAUAAAAUCGGGAAUUUUGGGGAUAAAAAUGGGAAUUUCGGUCCCAGUAUCCCGAAUGCCGGAUUGAAAUUGCGCUUCUCAAGGCGGCGUUACGGUAAAGCCGCCAUGGCUCUCGCGAUAAUACGGUAACCCCGUUAGUAGGCGCGGCCUCGCUCUGAUUCGCCGAACCCGCCCGCCGCGCGCUACCGGGGCGCUGAUUGGUCGAGGUGUUCCCGCGCUGGGCGCUGAUUGGAUGGCUCCGUGAGGGGGGAGGAGAAGGAGGAGGAAGAAGCCGCAGCGACCAUGGCGGCCACGGCGGCCCUGGAGCGCUGGGUGUCCGGGCAGCUGCAGGAGCUGCUGGGCCUCAGCGCCCGCCAUGUCCCCGCCUUCCUGGUGGCGCUGGCGCGGCGCAGCCGGAGCCUGGAGGAGCUGCUGGAGCGGCUGCGCGAGACCGAGGCCCUGCGCGUGGAGGAGCCGCGCGUGCGCGAGUUCGCGAGCCAGCUGUGGGACAAGGUGCCCCGAGAAGCCCCCCGGGAGCCCCCCGGGCGCGCGCGCAGGCCGAGCGGGGCGGCGCUGGAGCUGCAGCGCCAGAACCGCGGCUACCGAUUGGUGGAGAGCGACGAGGAGGAGGGGCCGGGCCCCGCCCGCGGCGACCGCGCCCAGGACGAGCCACGCCCCCGGCGGCGACACCUGAGGCGACGUCACCGCUCCGAGUCCCCCCCCGAGAGCCCCGCGGCGGCCGAGCCCUCGCCCCCCGCCCCCCCCGAGGAGCCGGAGGAGGAGUGGGAGGCGUCGGAGCGGGAGCGGCUGCGGGACCUGCGCGAGCGCGACGCCUUCGCCGAGCGCCUGCGGCGCCGCGACCGCGACCGCGACCGGGGCGCCAAGGGCAGCUCCAAGGCCUACGAGGAAGCCCAAAAACGCCUCAAAAUGGCCGAGGAGGAGCAGAAAGCCCUGAUCCCCGAGCUGCGCAAGCGCUCCCGCCGCGAGUACCUGGCCAAGCGGGAGCGGGAGAAGCUGGAGGAGCUGGAGCAGGAGAUCCAGGACGAGGAGCUGCUCUUCGGGGAGGAGGCGCUGACGGCGCCAGAGCGGCGCGAGCUGCGCUACAAGCGGCGCCUGCGCGACCUCGCCCGCGACUACAAACGGGCCGGGGCCCGCGAGGAGCUCGAGAGGAGCAGCCGCUACCAUAUCCCCGAGGAGACGCGGGACAAGAAGAUCCCGGAGCGCGAGGAGGCGCAGGAGGAGGCGCUGGCGCCGCGGGACGAGCAGCGGCGCUGGGAGGAGCAGCUGCUGGGGGCGGCCGCGCUGCGCUUCGGGGCCAGGGACGCGCGGGCAAAGGGGUUUGGGAGGGACUACGAGCUGCUGCUGGAGGAGGAGGAGAUGGUGCAGUUCGUCAGUGCAGCCCAGCUCGAGGGGACUGACCCCCAAAAGGACGUCCCCGAGGCCGUCCCCGAGGCCGAGCGCCGCCGGCAGUCUCUGCAGGACGCGCGCCGGGCCCUGCCCAUUUUCCCCUUCCGGGACGAGCUGGUGGCGGCCGUGGCGCAGCACCAGGUGCUGGUGAUCGAGGGAGAGACGGGGUCGGGCAAAACCACCCAGAUCCCCCAGUACCUGCACGAGGAGGGCUACACGCGGGGGGGGCUGAAGAUCGGGGUGACGCAGCCGCGACGCGUGGCGGCCAUGAGCGUGGCAGCGAGGGUGGCCGUGGAGAUGGGGACAAAGCUGGGCAACGAGGUCGGGUACAGCAUCCGCUUCGAGGACUGCACGUCGGAGCGCACGGUGCUCAAGUACAUGACGGACGGGAUGCUGCUGAGGGAGUUCCUGACAGAGCCCGACCUGGCCUCCUACAGCGUGAUCAUGGUGGACGAGGCCCACGAGCGCACCCUGCACACGGACGUGCUCUUCGGCCUCAUCAAGGACAUCGCUCGCUUCCGGCCGCAGCUCAAGGUCCUGGUGGCCUCGGCCACGCUGGACACCGAGCGCUUCUCGGCCUUCUUCGACCACGCGCCCGUCUUCCGCAUCCCGGGCCGGCGCUUCCCCGUGGACAUCUACUACACCAAGGCCCCCGAGGCCGAUUACCUGGAGGCGUGCGUGGUGUCGGUGCUGCAGAUCCACGUCACCCAACCGCCCGGGGACAUCCUGGUCUUCCUCACCGGGCAGGAGGAGAUCGAGGCCUGCGUGGAGCUGCUGCAGGAGCGCUGCCGCCGCCUGGGCUCGCGCCUGCCCGAGCUGCUGGUGCUGCCCAUCUACGCCAACCUGCUCGAGCUGCAGGCCCGCAUCUUCCAGCCCACGCCCCCCGGCGCCAGGAAGGUGGUGGUGGCCACCAACAUCGCCGAGACCUCGGUGACCAUCGACGGCAUCGUGUACGUGCUGGACCCCGGGUUCUGCAAGCAGAAAAGCUACAGCGCCCGCACGGGCAUGGAGUCGCUGGUGGUGACACCCUGCUCCAAGGCCUCGGCCAAUCAGCGCGCGGGCCGCGCGGGCCGCGUGGCGCCCGGGAAGUGUUUCCGGCUCUACACGGCCUGGGCGUUCCAGCACGAGCUGGAGGAGACGGCGGUGCCCGAGAUCCAGAGGGCCGACCUGGGGGCACUGGUGCUGCUGCUCAAGAGCCUGGGUAUCAACGACCUGAUCCACUUUGACUUCCUGGACCCCCCCCACGAGACGCUGGUGCUGGCGCUGGAGCAGCUCUACGCGCUGGGGGCGCUGAACCACCUGGGCGAGCUCACCACGCUGGGCCGGCGCAUGGCGGAGCUGCCGGUGGAGCCGAUGUUGGCCAAGAUGAUCCUGGCGAGCGAGCAGUACGGCUGCACGGAGGAGGUGCUCACGGUGGCCGCCAUGCUGUCGGUGAACAACGCCGUGUUCUACCGGCCCAAGGACAAGGUGCUCCACGCCGACAGCGCCCGCGUGGCCUUCACCGUGCCCGGGGGCGACCACCUGGUGCUGCUCAACGUCUACAACCAGUGGGUGGCCAGCGGGCACUCCCUGCAGUGGUGCUACGAGCACUUUGUGCAGGCGCGCUCCCUGCGCCGGGCGCGCGACGUGCGGGAGCAGCUGCAGGGGCUGAUGGAGCGCGUGGAGAUCGCGCCGUCCUCGUGCGGGGGCAACCUGGACCUGGUCCGGAAGGCCAUCACAGCCGGGUUCUUUUACCACACGGCGCGCCUGGCGCGGGGCGGGUACCGCACGGUGAAGCACCAGCAGCCCGUGUUCAUCCACCCCAACAGCGCCCUGUUCUCGCUGCAGCCCCGCUGGGUGCUCUACCAACGACUGGUGUGCACCUCCAAGGAGUUCAUGAGACAGGUGAUCGAGAUCGACAGCUCCUGGCUGCUGGAGGUGGCCCCCCAUUAUUACCAGGCCAAGGAGCUCGAGGACGGCAGCGGCCGCAAGAUGCCCAAAAAAGCCGGGAAAUCGCGGGAGGAGCUGGGCUGA